GAAGUAGGAUCUGCUAACCCUUUGAUUGAGGUUUAUAUAGUGGGGUUGCGCCUCUGCUUUGUGAGACCGCUAUUUUCAGCAGGUGAUCGGCUCCAAUACUCUUUGCAGGAUGAGUAGUAAGAUCAUAUUCUAUGAGGACAGAAACUUCCAGGGCCACUCCUAUGAGUGCGACACUGACUGCUCUGACAUGCACCUCCACUUCAGCCGAUGCAACUCAAUCAAAGUGGAGAGCGGCUGCUGGGUCUUGUAUGAGAAACCCAACUACACUGGCUACCAGUACGUCCUGACCAGAGGAGAGUACCCAGACUACCAGCGCUGGAUGGGCUACAAUGACAACAUUGGCUCCUGUCGCACCUUCUCCUACACCAGUGAAGGGCCCUACCGCAUGCGCAUCUAUGAGCGGCCCAACUUCCAGGGCCAGAUGAUGGAGUUCAGCGAGGACUGUGAGUCAGUGCAGGAUCAUUUCCGUAGCCGUGACAUCUACUCCUGCAAUGUCAUGGACGGCUACUGGACCCUCUAUGAGCACCCCAACUACCACGGCCGUCAAUACUUCUUGAGGCCCGGGGAGUAUCGCAAGUUCAGUGAUUGGGGGGCCAUCUGUGCCACUACUGGGUCCUUCCGCAGGAUCACAGAGUUUUAACAAGUUUGACCCCCGAAAAAACAACUGGAUAAUUCAACAGUGUGAUGCGACAUAUGAGUGUGUUGUCAUUAGAAAUAACUGAAUAAAUGGAGAUGUUACUAUUUUCUCUGCUUUGAAGAAAUGUUUUGGUUUUACUCAAUAUCAUAAAAAGGACAUUUCAUGCAAGAACUUUCAACAUUUAAUACAAUUAUUGGCUGCAUUGGACUCAGGCCUGGUAGAAAGAAAC